CUAUCUGAGCUGCAGACUGCGCCUUGCCUGCGCACGCCCCGCCGCCGACGGCUCGACAUGGCGAAAGUAAACGUGGAUCUGCUGCACACUAGAAGCUCGACGUUAAUUUAACACAAUGACGGAACAGAAUGAAGAAAAACCGCGAAACUUCCACGAAAUGGAAUUAGAUGAUCGUAUUUUGAAGGCAAUAGCAAAACUGGGCUGGCAAAACCCUACUUUAAUUCAAGAACGUGCCAUUCCGCUCCUACUAGAAGGGAAAGACGUGCUCGUUCGAGCCCGUACUGGUUCCGGUAAAACAGCCGCCUUUGCGAUUCCUGUAAUUCAGAAGAUCCUAAACAUAAAACAGACCGCCCGCCAUCAGGAAAUUAAAGCUCUGAUUCUCGCCCCCAGUAAAGAAUUGUGUCAUCAAAUCUGCGGCGUCAUUAAAGAUUUGACUAUAAAGUGUUCACAAGAGGUGCGAUGUGUAGAUGUGGCACCUCAGGUUGAUUUGAGUGUCCAAAAACCGUUAUUGGUGGAAAGACCAGAUAUUGUUGUUGGUACACCUACGAGAGUUUUGAAACACGUUAAAGCGGGGUAUUUGGAUUUGAAAAAGUCGCUAGAGUUGCUGGUGAUUGAUGAAGCAGACUUGGUUUUUUCUUUUGGCUAUGAAAAUGAAGUGAAAGAACUCAUGGGGUCGUUGCCGAAUAUUUAUCAAGCUAUUCUGGCGUCAGCUACUUUGAGUGAAGAUGUUAAGAGUUUAAAGAGUUUGGUUCUUCAUAAUCCUGUAACUCUAAAACUUGAAGAACCGGAAAUUGCACCUGAAAGUCAGCUUACGCACUAUCAUUUGAUGGCUGAGGAAAUGGAUAAGGCGACUAUAAUUUACGCACUUUUAAAAUUACAUUUAAUUCGGGGGAAAACAAUCAUAUUUGUUAAUACUGUGGACAAGUGUUACAAAAUUAAACUUUAUUUAGAACAGUUUGGAAUUCCAACAUGUGUACUAAAUUCUGAACUUCCGGCUAAAAUUAGGUGUCACUCAGUCACUCAGUUUAAUCAAGGUAUAUAUGAUAUUAUAGUGGCUUCUGAUGAGAAGGCAUUAGAAGAACCAGGAAAUUACGGAGAAAAAGAUAAUACAGAGGCGAAAAAAUCUAAACGGAAGAAAGACAAAGAAAGUGGGGUGUCCAGAGGCAUAGAUUUUCAACAUGUGGCAAACGUUAUCAAUUUUGAUUUUCCACUAGAUGCACAAUCUUACAUACACAGAGCUGGAAGGACAGCCAGAGGCAACAACCAUGGUAGUGUUUUAUCUUUUGUCAGCAUUAAAGAAAAACCCUUGUUAGAAAAAGUUGAAAAUCGUUUAAAAACUGGAGACAAUGAUUCAAUAUUCAAAGCAAACCACUUUAAAUUGGAAGAAGUUGAGGCUUUUAAAUACAGGGCAAAAGAUGCAUGGAGAGCUGUUACCAAGAUAGCGGUACGUGAAGCUAGACUAAAGGAAAUCAAACAGGAAAUUUUCAAUUGCCAAAAACUCAAAAGUUAUUUUGAAGAUAACCCCACAGAUCUACAAGUUUUGAGGCAUGAUAAGGCCCUACACACAGUAAGAGUGCAACAACAUCUUUCAGACGUCCCCGAAUACAUCGUUCCACCAACACUAAAAGGAAUGGGAGGAUUAACCAAAAGAAACAAAAGGAAACACGAUUUUAGGUCAGCACAAAGUUCCGCGAGUCGAUUUCAGGCCAGGAAAAGCAAUCCUUUACUGAGUAUGGACUUUGAAGGUUUUAGUAAAAAGAAAAAGAAGAAGAACUGACUACAGUUGCUAUACUUUUUUCAAUAAACUUUUGUUACAAUUGUA